CAUCCAUCAAACAUCUGAUCGUCUGUCUCUCUGUCUUCUGGGAUGAAUAUCUGUGGAGUUGCAGUAUUUUCUCAUUUUUGUACAGUUUUAUUAAAGAUGAAUUUCCCACUCACUUAAUCUGCUGCCACAAACAAUUACACUGUAGAUAUAACUGUGCAAUGUAAAAUAAAUGUUAAAAAAAAACUAGUGAUGCUCUCUGUCUUUUUGGGGAAUAAAACGACAAUCGCUUGAUGUUAUAUUUUUCAUAUCAUUCAUAUUUAAUAUAUUUGGAUUUUUGUUACAUGUGUUCUUUUAUUGCAGGUUGUAUUUUAAUCAUAUAAGUCAGUUUAAUGUGCUUGUAUUGUAUUUUAGAACAGAACACAAGUCUCUUGUAUUUUUUUUUUUUUACAGGAUUUCCAACGCUUGAAAGCCUUUCGCCUACAGUUCCCAGAAUGCCCUGCGGGUGGCGCUAGAACACGUCUGUGCUAGUCCAUUCGGCUGGAUUCAACACUACGGUACACAUAUGAGACAGAGCAUCAUCAUUCUCCUCCUCACGGUGACCACGGCGGAGUGAGACGGACGAGCAAAGUUGAAUUCGAGGAACAACGACAAGACACGACGCUGAAGAUAAGUUUUGAACUGCCUUUUUGUCUUUUUUUCGAAUUCUCGCUCCUGGUUGAUUAUUAACCGCAACCGGCGCGUCGUGUCUGGCGCUACAUGUCUUUUUUUUUUUUUAGUAGGUGACCACAAUUUUUGGGCGCCGUCCGUCGCCGAAUAAAAAUCUUAAAAGCCGAUUGACGCGUCGUAUGUAAAGGCACUUCGUCACGGUGUCCCGUGUUAAAUGUAGCCGAUAGUUAACUUCCCAAGCGGAGGUUUGUCCCGAAAUCGGUGUACUUCCUCACGAAACUCGGACGACGCUAGUUCUCACUGUCCAAAAAGUGACCGACGUCCUGAAGCUAGUUUCAGAUAAAUGAACAUUUUUCCAGGAUGCUUUCAGAUGGCCCUAAGGACUUGGUGGUGAUCAGAUAUGGCUCCAGAAUUUUCUCCUUCCCAGGGUGAAAGGGGAGAUGAUCAACUCAUGGAGGAUAGCUGAUAAAAAUACAAAUUAAAAGAUCAAAUAAAAUGCUGGAGGACCUCAACUGGUUACUAGCCUUGAUGUAAUGGUGGGCUAGGUACACCUUGCAGCCAGGAUGACCCAGGGCCCCAACCUGGUGCUGGACUGGCUCUCACGGCUCCACCUCGCCCAGUACAUGGAGGCCUUCCUGGACAACGGCUACGACGACCUGGAGGUCUGCAAGCAGAUCGGCGGACCUGACCUGGACGCCAUCGGGGUCCACGUGGAGUACCACCGCCAGAGGCUGCUGGCCGCCGUCCGGCAGCUGAGGAACUCCGAUGGCAGGAAGGCACCGGGGUUCUACUUCACACUGGAACCCCAACAGGAGAUAGAGAAAGAGGGCAGGAAGGAGAACCAUGUUAGAGGGAGACACCGCCCAUCCUGUCCAGGAAAUCAUGACCCAAGAUUGACAGACUGUAACGACUUUGUCACCUAUCCCAAACUCAAGCUCAAGGUCCUCAUUCGGGAUAAACUGGCCAAGGAUGGGAUUGACCUUGGAGAAGCACCGUACAGCCAUAAGGAUGGCUCAGCGGGGACCCUUGAUGAUCUGGCCCAGGAGUAUUCUCGCUAUUACGGCACGUGCCUCAACGACGUGUGCGAAAGGAUGGAAGAGCUGCGCCGACGCCGACUAGUGCAAGAGGCGGAUGCCAUGGGAAAGCUUGACUCGGCGACCGCUUCGCGAGAACUGCGCUCUCAGAUUCAGGAAUCUCUCGGGCUCUGCAACAGCAGCACGUCCACGCCGGAGACAGACAGGAAGUUUCCCCUGCACAAGUCCGGCUCUUCGGACGAAGGAUCCAGCGGAGGGAAAUGGGACGGCAGGAGAAAGAGCAAAUCUAUUUGGAAUACAUUUAAAAAGACACCCAGAGGAGCUGCCACGCGACACCUUGGAAAAGGCGAUUUGGUGGGCUUCGUGGCCAGCGAGAUCACAAUGAGCGAUGAAGAGCGCAUCCAGCUGAUGACGAUGGUCAAGGAGAACAUGAUCUCAAUUGAGGAAGCCCUGGCUCGGUUGAAGGAGUUUGAGACGCAAAAGAACCAGAAAUGCAGGUUGGAACUGUCGGAGGUUUGUCAUUCUGCCAACGAGUCUUUAAGUGACAGUCAGCUGCACGAGCUUUCCGACACGGAGCAAGAAGAAGGGCUGACGUUCAGGAGGCUUCACAAGCUGGUGAGCUCCACACGCAAGGUGAAGAACAAACUCAUCAGGAUCGACCAGACCCGAAGGACCGGCGUAGAAGAGUCCUGUCAGCCAAACAUUUGUCCCGUGGACUCGCUGACGUCCGCCUUGCAGGAGCAGCUUGGCUACCACGAGGAGAACGUCAUCGCGUCACGCUCCUCUGGCAGCUUGGACACGGCAGAGGCCUCCGUGCACAGCCAUCCCGGCGGCGGCUCCUCACGCGGGAACGUCUCAGAGGAGGAAGAGGCGAGCAACGCCACCGCCGCUGUGGACAAACACCACCAGCAGGGCGAGGAGGUCAAGAUGGCUCGAUCGGCGACAGACGGAGUGCUACGACAUGGCCUCCUCAGCCACCACGGGAGAGCCUGCAGUUUUGGAGGAUUUGACCUCAGCAACCGCUCAGUGCAUGCCGCUCAACACAGCAGUGAAGACCAAGACGGUGCAAGGUCCCCUCAGAUAUCCCGCAUCUCCCUGUCUAAGAAAGUCAAGUCUGUAAGGGAGACCAUGAGGAAGCACAUCAGCAAGAGAUAUCAAGCAUCGCUGUCAGAUCAGUCGAGUCCAGACCGUGUUUCCAGCUGCCCUCAGUCUCCUCAGUUGAACUCUUCUCUGGAGAAAGCCACGCUGAAGCCUGGAGGUUCCGUGGAAAGCCUCAGGAGUUCUCUCAGCGGACAGAGUUCCAUGAGCGGUCAGACGGUGGGCACCACCGACUCGUCCAACAGCAACAGAGAGAGCGUCAAGUCCGAGGACGGCGAGGAAGACGAGCUGCCUUACUGCGGCCCCUUCUGCGGACGCGCCUUGGUGCACACCGACUUCACACCCAGCCCUUACGACACCGACUCCCUCAAACUUAAGAGCGGCGACGUGAUCGACAUGAUCAGCAAGCCCCCGAUGGGCACGUGGAUGGGCAUGCUGAGGGGCAAAGUGGGCACCUUCAAAUUCAUCUACGUCGACGUGCUCAAUCCAGAGCAGGCUAAGCCCAAGAAGAGCGAGCGCAGGCGCAGGAAGGCCCGGCAGCCCAAACCGCAGUCUGUGGAUGAGCUGCUGGAGCGGAUCAACCUCAAAGAGCACCUCCCUACCUUCCUGUUCAACGGCUACGACGACCUGGACACCUUCCGGCUGCUGGAGGAGGAGGACCUGGAUGAGCUCCACAUCACAGACCCCCAGCACAGAGCCGUGCUGCUCACUGCCGUUCAGCUCCUGCACGACUACGACUGCAAUAGCGACCCGGAGUCAAGCAGCUUCCCCGAGGAGAACUCUUCCGUGACGGACACCUGUGUCCUGACAGGAGACUCCUCCCCUCGAGACUCGGGCUGCUACGAGAGCAGCGAACCCUUGGACAACCCCAGCUAACCACCGCAGCGUGACGCCACUAAGAACUGUCCCUCAUCAUCCUCCUUUGUGUGGUACACUUUUCUUCUUCAUGCUUUCUCGUGUUGAGUGGGUCUGCCCGCACGUAUGAACUGCAGUGACUUGGAGUGAGAUCAAUGGGAAAGAAAAAAAAAAAGUUGUGUUCUUUGUGUAAAUACUUUUCUUACUCUAGAGUAGCUUUGCACAAGCUUUUUUGUUGUUCACGUGCCUGAAAAUGAAAAGUGAUGACUUGAUCUUGUGAGAGAAAUUAAAAAAAGGAAGUAUU